GCGACACUGCUUGUUAUUGUUGAAUGAUUAUUUUUUCUUGUUUUAUACAGAAAAGAUUAGUGUCACUCGGUGCUUAUUUAAAGAGAAUGGGCCGGAAGAAUCGUCACGUUAAUAAAUUCGCUCAGCGAAAGCGGGAACGCAGGGAACAGGAGAAAAAUCCCCAAGAGAAGCCUGCUGAAGACGUGCGAAGGCACUACGAGGAUAUCGUGCGGGAAAAUGCAGCAUUUGAAGAGUAUUAUAAGGCUCAAAAAGUGUGUCCCGAAGAAGAAUGGCCGGCAUUUAUGGUAUCUCUCAAACAGAAUUUACCGACAGCAUUCCGUAUUACCGGCUCGAAGUGUGAAGCCAACGGUCUUAUGAACAUUGUCAAAAGCACAUAUUUCAAUGAGAUUGUUAAUGUGAAGAUGAAGGUGGACGGUACUGAUGAAGAAGAGGAGGUUAAACCUAUCAACCUGCCAUGGUACCCGGGUGGUUUAGCGUGGCAACUCCGUCUGUCCCGGACAGAUAUCCGCCGAAGCGAACCUCUGUAUAGGCUACACAACUUCCUGGUGUCCGAGACCGCGGCAGGCGGCGUCUCGAGACAGGAAGCCGUAUCUAUGCUGCCACCUGUCGUACUUGACGUGAAGCCGCAUCAUAAGGUGCUAGACAUGUGUGCGGCGCCAGGCUCCAAGACAGCACAGCUGAUCGAGUUCCUACACGCGGAUGAGGAUAAAAUGCCCACAGGGUUUGUGGUGGCCAAUGACGUGGACAACAGCCGCUGCUACAUGCUGGUGCAUCAAGCCAAGCGGCUUAACUCGCCCAACAUACUCAUCACCAACCAUGACUCCGCUGUGAUGCCCGCUCUCACGGUCACCGACACUGAGAACCCCGGACAGACCAAACAGCUGAAGUUCGACCGCAUCCUGUGUGACGUGCCGUGCUCGGGAGACGCGACGCUACGGAAGAACCCAGACAUCUGGCUGAAAUGGUCCACCGGCAACGGGAACAACCUGCAUGGUAUCCAAUAUCGUAUUUUGCGGCGCGGGUGCGAGCUGCUAGCCGUCGGGGGUAGGCUGGUGUACUCCACCUGCUCCUUCAACCCGGUGGAGAACGAGGCUGUGCUCCACCGCAUGCUGGCCGAGGCAGCGGGCUCGCUCCACCUCGUCAGCCUCGCUGAUACUCUGCCGGGACUCAAGUACCACAAGGGUAUGUCUCACUGGCGGCCGGCAUCUAAAGACAUGGUCUUCUACGACAAGUACGAGGAUGUCCCGGAGAAGUGGCAGACGGUGGUGCGGCCGCAGAUGUUCCCGCCCGCCGCGCCCGACGCGGACAAGUAUCACCUGGACAGAUGUAUAAGAAUCCUUCCACACCACCAAGACACGGGCGGUUUCUUCGUAGCUGUACUGGAGAAGACAGCCCCUCUACCCUGGGAGAAGGAGUCUACUGAGGCUGCCCAGCCGGUAUCCACCCCGGCAGAGGAGAAGAAGGAACCGCCGCGGAAGAAGCGGAGGAUGGGCGGCUAUAAGGAGGACCCUUUCGUGUUCUUUAAAGGUGACGACGAAGACGUGUUCCCGUCAAUCAAGGAGUACUACGAGCUGAACUCGGACUUCGACUCGACGUGCCUGCUCACCAGGUGCUACGUGGGGAAGAAGAAGAACAUAUACCUGGUGUCCCCGGCCGUGAAGGACGUCGUCAAACACAACGAGGACAGGAUCAAGAUCAUCAACACUGGCGUCAAGACGUUCGUCAGAUGUGACAACAAGAACAUGACUUGUCCGUUCAGGUUAUCCCAAGAAGGUCUACAGAGCAUAGCCCCGUUCAUCGGCGCGUCGCGGCGCCUGCGCAUCCUGAAGGAGGACUUAGUGCUGGUGUUGCAGAACGACAACCCCAGCAACCCGCCGGAGAUCAAGUUGUUCAGCGAGCAUACGCAGAACCUGGUUAAAGAUUUAGCGACAGGCAGCUGCAUCCUGGAGUACAAGGACGAAGCCGGGCUACAGCUCACCCUGGUAGGCUGGCGUGGCGUGCACUCGCUGCGCGCGUACACAGCCACUCCUGACACCAUACACUACUUGCGGCUACUUGGUUCCGACUAUUCUAAGUUUGAUAUCAACAAAUUCAAGAAAGCAUCAGACGUGCCCGGAGACUCCGAGGUCCCUGAGACCUCAGAGCAGUCCCCGAACGAAGUCCCUGAGUCUACAGAGCAAACCCCGAGCGCCAACGGCGACCCCCCGAAGGGAACGAGUAAUUCAUAAUAAUUAUUAUUUAUUAAUAACUCGUCGUAAAUUGUAUUGUUACUAUAUGUAAGAAUAAUUAUAUAAUAUUGACAAUAUAUGUUUUUAUUUAUGAUUUAA